AUGCACGUGGAAGAAUCUGUGGAGAAACAGGAUGAUCUCGGGCAAAAUCGACUUCGGGUUGUGGUACAAGGUGAGGGCCAGGUGGACACGAACCUCGUUGUGAUCGAAGCCAAAAGCCCGGGUGAGGCGGAAGCGAAAGCCCAGCCACCGGGAUAUAUGGGCAUGGUCAGGAAGGCAAGGAUGAGAAUGGAGAAGAAGAGUCGGGUUGUAUACGACGUUGCGACAAAUUCUUUCGUCUUCAACUACUAUCACUUGAAUGACGAGGGGAGUGGACGAAGCACACGCUGUCCCUGGGUACCAACCCGGAUCGGACAUGAUAUUCCGCUUAUUAUUAAGGCGAUGACUGAUGCGUCCCUACUCUCUCCCUACCACUCGCAGAGAAGCUCGCGGCUGGCCCCGGUGAAGUCAAGCAUGAAUGUAGAGCACAGGCAGUCCCGGACUGCAGACACGAUGAACAUCGACGAGAAGGAGGGAUAUGGAAGGGAUAGUAUUAGAUAGAUAGAGAUCUUGCUUAUAUCUCUCUAUCAUCUUGAUGUAGCGAACGAAGAGUACACCGCAU